AUGAAAGAAGAAUUCAUUGAUCACUUUUGCCUACCUUCCAAGAUAUCCAAGUUGAAGAAGGCCAUUGCUAACUUUGAACAAGAAGCUAGAGAGUCGCUAUAUGAAGCAUGGGAGAGCCAGCAAGAAGUCUCCAUCUUCUAUGAUGGAGUCAAUGUCACAACCAGGCAGUUACUAGACUUGCAAGGCCCACUCACAAAGAAGCUGCCCCCGGUGAUUGAAGAAUUCUCUAAACACUCUAGAGAAUACCACAACCCUAGACAUGAUGUCACUAGGGGAACCGCUUAUGCAGCUACUGAAGACUUAUCCGCGGUCAUGGCUAUGCUAAAAACCAUGGAUAGAAGGAUGGAUAAAAUGGAUCAAACAAUCCAUGCUAUUCGGGUGGGUUGUGAAAACUGCAAUGGGCCUCACCUCACUAGAGACUGUGAUUUAGACGAGAAUGGCAACAAGAAGGUGCAACCUCCAAUGCCAUACCCAGCCAGAGCUAUAAAAGAGAAGCAGGAAGAGGAGUACCAGAAGUUUCUAAAUCAUAUCAAGACCCUUCAAAUUAACAUACCCUUCAUUGAAGCCGUCAUGCAAAUGCUCAAAUAUGUAAAGUUCCUUAAAGAACUUCUCACUAAUAGAAGGAAGAUGGAAGAAGUGAAGAAGGUAGUCCUCAAUGAAAACUACUCAGCUGCUAUGCUAAAUAAGCUACCAAAGAAGAAGGGUGACCCGGGGAGUUUGACUUUACCUUGCCAAUUUGGCAACUUGGCUGCUAUUCACGCCUUAGCUGAUUCGGGAGCAAGUGUGAACCUAUUGCCAUACUCAUUCUUUAAGAAGCUGGAUCUCCUGGAGCCAAGGCCAAUUCGCAUGGCCAUUCACUUGGCAAACAAGACAGUCACCUUCCCAAGAGGCAUAUGUGAAGACUUACUAGUCAAGGUGGACAAAUUCGUCUUUCCCGCUGAUUUCAUCAUUCUAGACAUGGAGGCGGAUCCACAAGUUCCAAUCAUCCUUGGAAGGCCCUUCCUCAACACAGCAAGUUCUAUAGUAGACAUGAGGGACUCGAAGCUCACCUUGCGGGUAGGAGAAGAUUCAAUCACAUUUGGGGUAGACCAAGCUAUGAAGUACUCAAGGAACAGUGACGACACGACAUUCUCAAUUGAUAUGCUUGAAGAAUUAUUGGAGGAAUGUAUAAGUGAAGAUUCCAGCAAGUCCGGUCCAAGUGGUGCCCAAGAAAGGAGGGAUGACGGUCAUAACCAACGAAAAGAACGAGCUAAUUCUGACACGAACGCCCAAUAUGUCAAAGAAUGUGAUUCUUGUCAAAGAAUGGGAAACAUUUCAUCUCGAAAUGAAAUGCCACAACAUAGUAUCCAAGUGUGCGAGGUGUUUGAUGUGUGGGGAAUCGACUUCAUGGGACCAUUUACCAUGUCUAAAGGAAACAAAUACAUAUUAGUGGCGGUGGAUUAUGUAUCCAAAUGGGCGGAGGCACAAGCGUUACCAACAAAUGACGGUCGGGUGGUGGUGUGGUUAGUUUAUGGAAAGCAAUGCCAUUUGCCGGUGGAGCUAGAGCAUAAGGCGUUUUGGGCUUUAAAGAGGUGUAACUUCAACAUGGAGGAACUAAAGAGCAACAGGUUGAUGCAAAUGAAUGCUCUUGAGGAGCUGAGGAAUGAUGCAUACUCUAGUUCAUGGCUUUAUAAAGAGAAGACCAAGAUGUGGCAUGACAAAAGGAUUAAAGAAAAAGAAUUUCAUGAAGGCCAAAAAAUGUUGCUUUUUAAUUCACGACUAAAGCUUUUCUUGGGAAAACUCAAGUCAAGAUGGGAUGGUCCUUUUCUGGUGAAGAUGGUGUUUCCACAUGGUGCUAUAGAGCUGUUGUCAAGAGAUGGAACACCUUUCAAGGUCAAUGGCCAUAGGGUCAAAAAGUAUGAAGAAGGAGUCCCCUAG